AACGUAAAAACUGUAGAAUAAUGACAUUUGGAUUGGAGAGCAUGGGAUUGGCUGGAUGGAUUUUUGUGAUACUUAUUUUGCUAGUAUGUUGCUCGGCAUUCAUCAUGUGUUGCUUCGAGAGGGAAGAUGAUUUCAUGACAUCCUCUCAUAUCAGGAAUCUCCAAAAGCCCUACGACCCGCGGGCCGACGGAGUCGUCGACAUGGGACCGAUGCUAUUUUUGAAUCACUUCUAUAAUAGCGCGUACAGCGGUCACCACGCAACAUAUGACUUGUCCGGAGGGAUUGGUAUCGGAGAUGCUGGAGAUUUUGGGCAUUACGGCGAUAGCUGUGGCGAUUACGGCGGUGGCGACUGAAUUUAAUUAUUACGUAAUGAACCAAUUUUUAAUCCACACAACACCACGGAAUCUAAACGGUACAAAACACAUUAAAAAAAUUAAUCAAAGAACUGACUAUUACGUAC